GCGCGGCCACUGCCAUUUCACACCAGGGAAGAAAAGCCAGCCGGAGUUCUUGCUUCAACAGUGUUUGAACGGAACUUCUGCCUUCGUCCCAAGAACUACUUCAUCUACUCUGCAUUCCGCGCUCCAGAGACCUUCACUACUUGAACACCACCGAGAAAGUCGCCGUUAAGCUCUAUUUUUGUACCGUUUUCUUAAGAAAAAAACAAAACCUCACCAGCCAAAAUGGAGUCUCAGGUCCGUCAGAACUACCACCGCGACUGCGAGGCCGCCAUCAACCGGAUGGUGAACAUGGAGCUGUCCGCCUCCUACACCUACACCUCCAUGGCCUUUUACUUCUCCCGUGACGAUGUGGCCCUUAAAGGCUUCGCUCACUUCUUCAAGGAGAACAGCGACGAGGAGAAGGAGCACGCUGAGAAGCUGCUGUGCUUCCAGAACAAGCGGGGAGGACGCAUCUUCCUGCAGGACGUCAAGAAACCAGAACGUGAUGAGUGGGGAAGCGGACUGGAGGCCAUGCAGUGUGCCCUGCAGCUGGAGAAGAAUGUCAACCAGGCCCUUUUGGACCUGCACAAACUAGCGUCUGAGCAUGGAGACCCUCAUAUGUGCGACUUCCUGGAGACUCACUACCUGAACGAGCAGGUGGAGGCCAUCAAGAAGCUAGGCGACCACAUCACCAACCUCACCCGCAUGGACGCCAACAAAAACAAGAUGGCGGAGUACCUGUUCGACAAGCACACCCUGGAGGGAAAGGCAUAAACGUGCAAAGUCGCAGGGUUGAACCAGGAGGGAAACGCGCCCUUCUGCUGAGCGUUCAUUUGAUUAAACAUUUCAUUCUAAUCUCUAAAUGGAGUUGACUAGUUCUCGUUUGUUCAGGUGGUUUCUUAAUGUAAUAUACGGGUGGCGAUGUAUAAGGUGAUGACUUCCCCCUCAUUACCUAUAAAUCUCCUCGUAUGGCAUUUAAGGAUCUGAUGACUAUGUGUUAAUCUGAAUAAACCUUUUGAGCUGGA